UAGAGAGGGAAAGAAAGAGAGAACGAGAGAGAGGAGGAACAGAGCGUGUGAGUGAGCAAUUGAAUGAAAGAGCGCUGUCCACGCCAAACAGCACAGGCAACGUAACUCAUAGAUACGCAAACAUCACUCAACAUCCUACUCAGAUCGUUCAGUACAGGAGGAAACCGUGACCUCAGGAAUGGGCUGCUUUGGAUUUCUCAAAAUCAUGAUGUUUGCCUUUAAUGGCAUCAUCUUUCUGGCUGGAGCUACGAUCCUGGGGGUGGGCAUAUGGGUGAAGGUAGACAGCAACUCCUUCUUCUCCUUGCUGGAUAAGAUUCCUGGUGCGCCGGAGGAGCUCAACCAGGUCGUAAACGUGGGGUACCUCCUGAUAGCCGUGGGCGCCGUGCUCCUGCUCCUGGGCUUCCUGGGAUGCUGUGGAGCCAUUAAGGAGAGCAAGUGUAUGCUGCUGCUGUUCUUUAUUAUAGUGUUGCUGGUCUUCAUAGCAGAGGUGGCUGGAGCGGUGGUCAUUUUGGUCUUCAAACCUUUAGCCGAAGACCUGAUCAGGAAACUUGGCGUUGAAACUGCUGAGAACAUCCGAAAUGACUAUGGAAAAAAUCCUGAUGUAACAGGCCUGUGGAACUCAACCAUGGACACGCUGAAAUGCUGUGGGUUCAACAACUACACAGAUUUCACAGGGUCUCCAUUUGUCACUGACACAAAUAAAUACCCUUCACCAUGCUGCACCUCUUCUUCCUGUACUGAGACGAACGCACAGAUAUCGGCAGUACCUGGUUGCUUGGACAAACUGGUUUCACUGAUUGAUGAAAAUGCAGUAGUGAUAAUAGCUGUGGCUCUAGGCAUUGCUGUUUUAGAGAUCUCUGCAAUGGUUGUCUCGAUGUCCAUGUAUUGCCAUAUUGACUCCAAAUAAGCCAAUUGAUCAAAGAAGUUCACUGAAGAGGAGGCAUCCCAAACAUUUUCCAGUUCACACAAACCACCAGACAAGCCAAAACCAAAGAACUCAAAAAUGGUCUUAUAGCCGAGGAUCAUGACUGGUAUCUUAUGACGCAGGGAUUUUCAUUUUAUGCAUUUCAAAAUUCAGAUGUCUUUAUAAUGUAAAUAGAUUAUUUUGCAUAGGCGAUAAUAUGAUUCAGCAUGGGAAAAUAAUCUCACCACAAUUUUGAAUUGUAGGCCUACUUUGGAUAGGCUAAAAUGUGAGUUUUUUUUUCUUCUCAUAAAUGUUCAACCAGUUUUCAUGGCACAUGUUGAAAUGAAAUGUGUUUUCAAUGAAAUAUGCACUUUAAAUUAGGUCAUAGGCCAAUAAAUCACCUUUUUACAUGUGUCAGCCAAAGAAUGUCAGAAAGAAUGGAAUGGUGUAUAAGGCCACUGGCAACUGUUUCCUAUUAUUUUCUCAGCAAAAUAAAGUAACUGAUAUUACACCACA